GUCGAAGAUUCUUCGCUUUAAUUGUCCUCAAUGGAAGUCAUCAUGUCCGGGAAUGCUCUAUUUGCUCUAGUUUUGCUUACAUUUAUUCUAGUCCUAAAGAUAGUCCAGUGGCAGAACCAAACGACCAGUCAACAAUGGCGGCGCCAGAAUCUUCUUACAAGAUCAAUAACUACACAAAAACAAUGUGUUGUAAAGGUGAAGGGCAUAGGACUUUGAAGCACAGGCAAGAUUUGAAAAUGAAGGCCUUGAAGAAGUCGCCUUUAUCGCAGGGGAAGAAACAGGGGAGUAGGGUUUUGAGAAAUGCAGGGGUUAAAAUGGGAGUUAAAAGAUUGGUAACGAAAGGAAAGAAACGAAUUGCGACUGUUUUGGAUAGUUGUGAAAAUUCCUCUGAGUGUUGGUGGCCUAGUCAUUCAGAAAGAGGCCGAAUGGAUGCAGGAUUUUGUGUGACGACUCCUGUGAAAAAUUGCUUCCCUGUUCUUGUAGAAGAGGAGAAUUUGGCUAUGAAGGCGGAUAUGGAGUCGCUUCCUCUGGAUAUUUUGGUUCGGAUUGUCUGUAACGUUCAUCAUGAUGAACUUGAGCCCCUCUUUCAUGUUUCAAGCAAAUUCAGAGAAGCGGUUUCAAUUGCUAGACAGAUGCACUUUGAUUAUACAACACCAGUUCGUGUGCGAGCUUCUAGAAACAGAGCAAAUUCUUUGAUACCAGACGAAAUCUCUCAAAAUCAUUCAAGCUUUGAAGGUUUGGAAUGCUUGUUUAGUUCAUCAAGAAGGCCUGCAACGCCUAAUGCACCAAAACAAGUGGGAAAAUUUCACAAGUCUGAAAGAAUCUCAUCUGAUGACAUGAAAAAUAUUGCUACUUUGUUGUUUCCUCCAGGCACACCUGGCAAGAACAGUGAAACGAGAUUUGUAAACAAAAAUGGUUUCUUAAGAUCAGGGGCUGCUCCUAACAGAGUCUUGUUUGUUGAGCAUGAAAUCUGUUUGUAGAGUUUUGAUUAGAUUAGAUGGUGAAGGGUUCGGAUUUAUUACAUAAUUGUCAUUAAGGCAAACAAAACUAAUAUCAUCAGGAAUGAGAUCAAAACUUCAAAAACAGAAAAUCAACUGUUACGUUUUUUUCCUCUGGGAACCAUGCUGAGAUCCAUUGGAGUUGCCCUAUACAUUUUAUUUCAGUCCCAUUUAGCAUUAUUUGGCAUUUUAUUUGCUAUAUUGUAGUGAGGUAUCUCACUUGUGAGCAAUUCGUGAAAUUCAUUUGUGAGUCUUCUCACUCUUGAGGCCUUCAUAAGAAUUAUUACAUUCUGUUCAUCUGGGGAUUGGAAGGAAUGCAAAGCAGUUGUGUAACCAUGGUAAAUUCUUUGUAAGGUGCAGUUCAAAAUAUUUUUUUUAAUCUUGGGGUAUCUCUGCGAUCCAGUCCAGUAAUUGUAUUACAUUUUGCUUUGGACCUUUUUUUUUUUCGGUUAAGUUUUAGAAUAACAGAAA